GGCGGGGCCACGGGGGCUGCGUUGCCCGGGAGACGAGGGCGGGCGGGGCCGUCCCGCCAUGGGCUGCCGGGACGCUGUCAGCGGGAUAAGAACGGAGCUGGGGGUCGGGAGCGCUGGCUCUGGCGGGGCAAGGAGCGGGUGAACCAAGGGUGGUGUGUUUCCAGAACAUACUUUUUCUUCCACAUAGGAGAUAAAUGUGUUAAGCUGGCAAGGUAAUUCUGCUCAGACAUGAGCAGUGCCAGUAACUCACUGGCACGGGAAUUCUUGACGGAUGUCAACAGGCUGUGCAAUGCGGUGGUGCAGAGGGCAGAGGCCAAGGAAGAUGAAGAAGAAGAAACUCAUAUGGCAGCACUGGGACAGUACUUGGUUCAAGGCCGUGGGUUUAUUUUGCUUACCACACUGAACUCAACUAUUGAUCAGGAGCUGACCUGUCGGGAAGAACUUCUGACCCUCCUUCUGUCACUUCUGCCAUUGGUGUGGAAAAUCCCUGUCCAAGAAGAAAAAGCAAUAGAAUUAAGGUGUGGAUUCUGCAGUGAAUUUAAACAUGAGUACCAAUGUUUUGCCAGCAUACAAGGAAGAGUGAAAUUGUACAGAGAAGACUUUAAUAUACCUUUUACAGUAGACAUACGCCUGACCAAAGAGAAUAAUUCAAGUUCUGUGAAAUCUACUCAGGAAAAGCUAGGCUUGGAUGGAAGCACUCGUUCAUCUCUUCAGCCAUCUCUGAAACUGAAUCUUCGGUCUCGAAAAAGUGGGCGCCUGCGCAAAACCACCCAUCGUUACUCUGUGCGGGAUGCAAGGAGAUCUCAGCUGUCCACUUCGGAUUCAGAAGGCAAUUCUGAUGACAAGACUACUGUAAUCAGGAAACACAGACGCUCCCAAUUACUGCAGCCUUUCUUAACACAUCCGGUUAGGGACAGCUACCUUGUAGGCAGAAGUGAUGGCCUAUCUGCAGAAGCAGUACCAAAUUCUCAUCCUGAUGCCCCUAAUCUGGAAAAUUCUGGCAAAAUUGUUCCAUCACAUGAGCUAAACCAAGAGACUUUGAGUGAGCCAGCUGCAGGAAUUGCUGGGAGCAACAUGGAUAACUCUCCUUUUGACUUAUGCCAUGUCUUACUGUCUCUCCUAGAAAAAGUGUGCAAAUUUGAUAUUGCUUUGAAUCACAAUUCUACUCUCUUGGCUAGUGUGGUGCCCACAUUGACUGAGUUCUUAUCAGGAUUUGGAGACUGUUGCAGUCUAAGUAGUAACACAGAAAAUGAGGUAGUUUCUGCAGGGUGGACAGAAGAACCUGUAGCUCUGAUUCAGAGGAUGCUUUUUCGAACAGUGUUGCAUCUGAUAUCUUUAGACAUUAGCAAUACAGAAACCAUGCCGGACAACUUACGAAGAAAUUUAACAGACUUACUUAAAGCAGCAUUAAAAAUCAGAAUUUCCUUGGAAAAGCAACCUGACCUUUUUGUUCCAGGAUACAAGAAAACACUACACCAGGCAGUUCAGGAUGACUACAUGUUUUCUAGAUACCGUCACAGAGCCUUGCUUCUACCUGAGGUUAUAGAAGGGGUCUUGCAGAUUUUGAUAUGCUGCCUACAAAGUGCAGCCUCCAAUCCAUUCUACUUUAGUCAAGCUAUAGAUCUGGUUCAUGAGUUCAUACAGCACCAGGGAUUUAAGCUGUUUGAAGUAACAGUCCUUCAGAUGGAAUGGUUGUGUAUGAAGAAUGAAGGAGUAACCGGGGAAGCCUCAGAGCAUUUGAAAGUCCUGAUCAACAGCAUCAUGAAAAUAAUCAGCACUGUCAAAAAAGUAAAAUCAGAGCAGCUCCAUCAAUCAAUGUGUACAAGAAAGCGGCACAGACGGUGCGAGUACUCUCACUUCAUGCAUCACCACAGAGAUCUCUCUGGGCUCUCUGUAUCCACUUUUAAAACCCAAGCAUCCAAAACCCCCUUUGAAACUGCUGAUGGUGAAAUUCAGUAUCCUGACAGAUGCUGUUGCAUUGCUGUUUGUGCACAUCAGUGUUUGCACUUGUUGCAACAAGUUUCUUUGAGCAGUACCAGUGUGCAGAUUCUCUUGGGUGUACAUAAUGUAGGAAUAUGUUGUUGUAUGGAUCCAAAGUCUGUGAUUGUCCCAUUACUUCAUGCUUCCAAAUUACCAACACUAAAAAACUUUCAACAGCACAUAUUGAAUAUCCUUAACAAGUUCAUAUUGGAUCAGCUGGGUGGAGCAGAAGUUCCACCCAAAAUUAUACAGGCAUCAUGCAAUAUAUGUACUGUGGACUGUGAUCAACUUACUCAGUUGGAAGAUGCCUUGCAGGGAAACUGUAGUGAUCCUGGUCCGGCAUCUACUUCCUCUUGCAGAGUUCAGGGAAUUCUGCCUAGCACGGGAUCUGAAGACGUGUUGCUGAGAUGGCAUGCACUGGAGGCUUAUCAGGGCAUUGUUUUUGAAGAAGACAAACUACGUGGCAUGCAGAUUGCAAGCCAUAUUUGCCACUUAAUUCAAAAGGGAAAUGCAGUGGUCCAAUGGAAACUAUAUAACUGUGUUUAUAACCCUGUGCUUCAGAGAGGAGUAGAGUUAGCUUGCCAUGCUCAACAACUUGGACUAACUACAGUUGAUAAACACACAUGCAGUUACCAUAGCCAGUGUUUGCCUUCUGAAGUACUUCAGAUUUAUUUGCAGAUGCUCCCUGUGUUACUUAAAUCCAGGGUUAUUAGAGACUUGUUUCUGAGUUCUAAUGGAGUGAAUCAAAUGAUUGAGUUAAAUUACUUAGAUGCUUUGAGAUACCAUUCUUUGAAAGUGUUAGAGACUUUGAUACUCUGCCUUGGUGAUCAGCAGAAAGACCAAGCAAUGGCAGAGCUGGAAGGUCUGAACAGCGAACAGGAAUCUACAACCGUCUUGCCUGCUUCUCUUUGUAGCCAGCAUGCUGUUUCCGAAGUUCCUCAAAGCCUGAGCAAGUUUUACGCUGGCUUGAAAGAGGCUUACCCAAAAAAGAAGAAGUUUGUGAGCCAAGACAUUCACGUCAACACAAUAAAUCUCUUUCUCUGUGUUGCUUUUUUAUGUGUAAGUAAAGAAGCAGAUGGUGAUCUGGAUUCAGCUAAUGACUCCGAAGAUACGUCAGGAUAUGAUAGUACAGCUAGUGAGCCAUUAGGCCAAAAAUUACCUUAUCUGUCACUGGAAAGCCUUACUUUGCCUUCUCUGGAACAUAUUCACAGGGCUGCAGAUAUUUGGUCCAUGUGUCGCUCUAUCUAUUUGUAUAGUUCAGUUUUCCAGAGACAAUUCCAUAGACUUGGAGGCUUUGAAGCAUGCCACAGAUUACUAAUACUUAUAAUUCAGGAACUUGCAAAAAAUACAGAGAAGGAGCAAGAAAAGAGGGAGAGAGUAUUGAGUGAAAGCAGCAGAAGUUCACAUGGGACUCCUCAUGGUGAGCUCAGCAAGGAUGACUCUCAGCUGGCUAAAAGCAGAGAGGUGACACAAUUGGAGCUUGAUAGUUCCGACAGUCUUGGUGGUGCAGAGCAGCUGGUGCCUGAAUGCAUCUCCUGUGAUGGCUCUUUGAGUAGGGGACAUGCUUCAGUUACUUCAGAUGCCGAUCUUGAAGGGAUAAAGACUUCUGUAAGAGAAGAGGCUGAGUGGGCACUUCAAGGUAUCAGACUUCUGGAAGCUCUGCUGACAAUCUGCCUACACAGUGCAAGCACCAUGCAGCAGAAGAUGGAAGAGGAGUUUUUUCACCAGAAUACCUGUGUGGAUGAUAUCUUACUUCAAAUAAGAGAGCAACUUGCUCUAUCAAAAGUGAUAGAAACUGACUUGGCAAAGCCUCUAUUUGAUUCACUGCUUCGUAUUGCGUUGGGUAUUUUUUCUACUGAUCUGGAUCAUUCUGAAGAGAAAGUUGAUAAGAGCCAUUACACAGAAAAGGAGCCUGUGCCACAACCUGGAGAUAUUUCUGAAGAAACUGAAGAAUCACAGUGCUGUAGUCUUAAACUUUUUGCUGAAGAGGAAGGAUAUGAAGCAGAUAGUGAAAGUAACCCUGAUGAUAGCAAAACCAGGAAUGAAGGAGCAGACACAAAGGCAGAACCGGGGUGUACUGGUCCUUCAGGUUAUUUUGAUGACCUAGCUGAAAACAUCAAUCAAGGAGAAUUAAUGUAUCCUGAAAUUUGCAUGUUAGAAUUAAACUUGCUUUCAGCUGGUAACGCAAGUUUAGAUGUGCUUGCCCAUGUAUUCCAAAGCUGCCUGAAAAUCAUCACUCAGAAGGAAAGAAAUGCCACUCUACUUAUAGAACAGGGAGCUGUUAAACAUCUUUUGGGAGGAUUUCUGAACAUACUGACACAAACAGAAUCUAGUUUUCAUGCAUGUCAAAUGGUGCUGGUAGACCUAUUAGUUUCCUUGAUGAGUUCACAGACGUGUUCGGAAGAGCUAACUCUUCUUCUAAGGAUAUUUUUGGAGAAGACACCUUGUACGGAGAUACUACUCAAGGGUGUGUUAAAGAUUAUAGAAACCCAUAUUCAUAUGAAUCCAUUACAGUACCUUGCCUUCCCUUUGCUGCAUGGCACUAAUUUGAGUAGUAGUUCUUCACAAAAAUCUGCCAGCAAUUCCACCAGAAUAACUGCUGGAGUAUUAAAAAGAGCAAAAUUUUCACAGAGUAAAAGAGAGGCAGAUGGUGAAAAUUUGAGUCACCAGCUGCUUUCUUCUUGGCAUGUAGCCCCAAUUCACUUGCCUUUAGUUGGGCAAAACUGUUGGCCACACAUGUCUGAAGGCUUUAGUGCCUCACUGUGGUUUCGUCUGGAGUGUGCUCAUGAAACAGAAAACUCGACAGAAAAGGGGAAAAAAAUGAAGAGAAGAAGCAGGUCGGUAGCUGUAAGAGAGAACAGCUUUGACAGCGCAGAAGACACAAAGUCUAUAGGAAUGGAAUACUUGAGCCUUGGAGAUAAACUUGUUGAAGAUGGCUGUAUUCAUAUAAUCUCACUGGGUUCCAAAGCACUGAUGAUACAAGUCUGGGCAGACUUGAAUACUGGAGCAUUUGUAUUUCGUAUGUGCAUGGAUCCAAAUGAUGAGAUGAAAGCUGGUCUGCUGGCACAGGCUGAAUCUCCAGAGAACAUCUUCCUUGUGGGCAGGUGGCAGCAUUUGGCAAUAACAUAUCUGCAGCAGCCAGAAGGCAAGAAAAAUAUCCAUGGAAAGCUGUUGCUGUGGAUUUCUGGUCAGAGGAAAUGUGAGAUUAAUUUAGAUUAUGCACUACCAAGGAAAUCAAGUUUGUCAGCUGACAGUAAUAAAACAUUUUGUAUGAUUGGCCACUGUACAUCGUCUCAAGAAGAUUUGCUUCGAUUGUCGGGUAGAUGGGAUCUUGGAAAUCUGCUUCUAUUUAACGGUGCAAAGAUUGGACCAGAGGAAGCAUUUUACUUAUACACAUGUGGGCCAGACUUCACAUCUGUAAUGCCUUGUAAACAUGGCAAAACAUCGACUGAUUGCUCUAAAUAUAUAAGUAAAGAGAUUCUACAAUGUGAACAAAUUAAGGAGCUCUUCAUGGCAAAAAAGGAACCAGAAGUUGGGCCUUUGAUUGAGAGUCUUGCUGUUGUUUAUGCCACAUGCUGCCCUGGUCAGUACACCAUAUAUGAACCUGUUAUUAGACUAAAAGGCCAAGUGAAAACUGUACCUUCUCAGAGACCUUUCAGUUUAAAAGAAGUUCAGAGCAAUGUAUUGGACUCUCAUCACCUGAAAAUACUUCAGCCUCUUGAAUAUAAAACUCUUCAGGGUAUACUACAUGAGAUUGGAGGAACUGGUGCAUUUGUUUUCCUCUUUGCUAGGGUUGUAGAGAUUAGCAGCUGUGAAGACACUCAAGCUUUAGCACUGCAACUUAUACUGUCUUUAACAAAAUACAAUCAACAGAGAAUACAAGAGAUGGACAACUGUAAUGGCUAUUCUAUGAUUCAUCGCGUGUUGAUCAAACCAAAAUGCAUUGUUGGAUUUUGCAUGCUGAAGACACUCUUAGAAGGAUGCUGCAGUGAUGAGAUUCUCUAUGUAAAUGAAAGUGGGCAAUUCAUGCUUGACACAGAUUCUACUGCAGUCAUCCAAGAUGUCCAAAUAUUAGAAAAGCUGCUGCUUGACUGGAAGAUAUGGUCUAAAGCAAAGCAAGGUGUUUGGGAAACUCUGUUAGCAGCUCUAGAAAUCCUUAUCAGAGCUAACCAUCACCAGCAGAUGUUUAACAUUAAGCAGCUGUUGAAAGCUCAAGUGGUACAUCACUUCCUAUUAACUUGUCAAGUUCUGCAGGAGCAUAAAGAAGGGCACUUUGCAUCCCUGCCUCGGGAGGUUUGCAGGUCAUUUGUGAAAAUAAUUGAAGAAGUCCUUGGAUCUCCCCCAGACCUGGAACUGCUGACACUGGUUUUCAAUUUCCUCUUAGCAGUUCACCCUCCCACUAAUACAUAUGUUUGUCACAAUCCUACCAACUUCUACUUUUCCCUGCACAUAGAUGGCAAAAUUUUUCAGGAGAAAGUUGAAUCACUUAGGUACCUGAGGAAUUCCAGCACUGGUGGGAAGUCAGUGAACAGCUCUGCAUUUAUGAUUACAACUCCAACUGGAUUUACAGCUUUACCUCUGGAAGAUAUUUCUUACAAAGCUCUCUCUGUCCCUUGGAGCUUGAUGCCUGAAAAACAGAGGAGCACUUCCAAGGCUAGUGUACAGCAGAAAAUAAGCUCUCAGACACCUAAAAGGCUUUGUAAAAGCUUACCAGCAUCUCCGACUUCCUCACCUCAAGUUCAUCAAAAAAGACUGACUGAAAGAAUGGGAAGGAGUGUUGAUGACCUGCAGGCUAUUGACAAGUGUGACUACAUUGAUCUGCAGGGUAGAACUGGUUUUGUAGGAAGCUCUGAAACCGUAAAGAGGGUACAGGAAGAACUCUUUCUUAGCAGUUGUGAAUCUGCAAAAACAGUUUGUGACUCAGAGUUAACAUCUGCUGAAACAUUUGAAGAUAUUGCAAAGGAAGAAGAGUUAACUGAAAAUGCAUUUGAGAGUAAAGAAGUAGAUGCAGACCUCAAAUGUAAUGAAGGUGAUGGUGCUGCAGCUGAGCCAUCACUAAGUCGUCCAGACAACCUGAAAGGACUGCCUUCAUUUCAGAAGACUCAGAGUAAUUUUGCAGGGCUGGGCUUAGCGUUUUCUGUUCAUGGAGGAUCGUCAGCCAUUGCUCGCUGGCCAAGCCUUGUGGACAAGAAUGUACUUGCUGAAGACUGGGAGAGCCUUGCUUUUUCUUCAGCUAAUGAGAAUACUGAAAAAACAUCGGAAAGCCCUGAUGAUAGAUGUACAGAAGACUAUCUUGUGCUUAUCUGUUGUGGGUUAUAUGACCUCUUGCGUGGAGUUCUCCUAAUCCUACCAGAUAUCAUGCUAGAAGAUGUGAUGGACAAACUUAUCCAACCUGAUUAUCUUAUAGUUCUUGUGAACCACCCAUCUCCUCUCAUACAACAAGGAGUUAUUAAAUUGUUGGAUGCAUAUUUCAACAGAGCAAGGAGGGAGCAGAAGGAGAAGUUCUUAAAGAAUCGGGGCUUCUCUUUGCUAGCCAACCAGCUGUACCUUCACCAGGGGACUCAGGAAGUUGUAGAGUGCUUUUUGGAAAUGCUCUUUGGCCGCUCUGUUGGCUUGGAUGAAGAAUUUGAUCUGGAAGAUGUCAAGAAUGUUGGACUCUUUCGAAAAUGGUGUGUCAUUCCUGUUCUGGGUCUCAUUGAGAGCUCUCUGUAUGAUAAUGUUCUGCUGCAUAACUGCUUCUGUCUCCUGCUACAAAUCAUGAAUUCCUGUUCAAAAGUUGCAGACCUACUGCUUGAUAAUGGUUUGCUCUACGUGUUGUGUAAUACACUGGCUGCUCUUAAUGGACUGGAAACAAACAUUCCCUUGAAUGACUACAAGUUACUUGCAUGUGAUAUACAACAGCUGAUGGUGGCAGUUGCAAUUCAUGCCUGCAGCUCCUCAGGUUCUCAGUAUUUUCGUGUUAUUGAAGACCUCAUUGUGCUGCUGGGUCAUCUUCAAAAUAGUAAAAAUGCAAGGAUGCAAAAUAUAGCAGUUGUUCUUCAGUUAAGAGUUCUUCAAGCAGCCAUUGAGUUAAUAAAAACUACAGCAAACCAGGAUGCUCAGGAGCAGGUUGGUUCAGUCCCAUCACAAUCUGCACCACAUCGUGCCAUGUUUCAAAAGCGUAAAGGGAUUGCUGGCUCCAAAAAGUUUCCACUUGCUCAGUCUGAUGCUCUGCUGAUGAAAAUGCGCUCACUAGCAAGUGAGGAAUUCAAUAUGAUGAUGCAGCGGAGAAUGAGCCAAGAAAAUCCUAUUCAAGCCACUGAGGCGGAAUUUGUUCAAAGGUUACAGAGGCUGGCUGUUCUAGCUGUUAACAGGCUCAUUUAUUUAGCAUCUACUGAAGAGUGCCUUGAUGUACUGGGUAUCACAGAAAAUACAAAUCAAAGCAAACUCCCAACAUCCCAGCUGGAAGUUCCUGAAGAGGAAAACCAGCAUGAUCUGCCUAGCAAAACAAAUCCUUUUCUUAAAGAAAUGUUCAAAAUGUUGGUGGAAGGCGUCAAAGUAGCCAUUGGCACCAGCAGAAUGAAUGCACCAAAGCAACAGUGGAAGCGAAUCCUUUUGUCAUGUAAGGACACAUUCCGUACGCAACUUGGCAGGCUUGUUGUACACAAAUUGUCUCCAACAAGGCCACUGCAAGAGAGAAAACAGACUUUGGAGAUGGUACAUGAAAUAAAUCACCAAGAGAUUAUGCGUGACUGUCUCAGCCCAAAUUUGCAACAUGGACCUAAGUUAGUGCUUUACUUGUGUGAGUUAAUGCACAAUCACAGUGAUGAAAUGACCAAAGAAGAGCAAAGAGCAGUAGGAGACCUUGUGAAUACGUUGAAAUGUUGUGGCUAUAAAUGCAUUCCCCUGAGCCCCCGACCAAAACCAGAUCUAAUAAAAACUUUGAAAGAGGAUCAGAAGAAAUAUGAGAUGGAAGAAGGUGUGAACAAAGCUGCUUGGGAGAAGACAAUGGCUAACAAUCGGCAAAAUCUCUUUCAACGUCUGGAUACAAAAUCUAAAGACAUUUCUAAAAUAGCCGGAGACAUCACACAAGCUGUGUCUCUGUCACAAGGAAUGGAAAGGAAGAAAGUAAUCCAGCAUAUCAGGGGGAUGUAUAAGGCAGAGCUAAGUGCCAGCAGACACUGGGAGGAACUUGUUCAGCAGCUUACCCAUGAUCGAGCACUCUGGUAUGACCCAGUCUAUUACCCAACUUCUUGGCAACUGGAUCCAACAGAGGGCCCAAACAGAGAGAGGCGUCGCUUGCAGAGGUGCUACCUGACUAUUCCAAACAAGUACCUUCUCCCAGACAGGCAGAAACAGGAAGGCAUGAUAAAAACUCCAUUAUCUUAUCUAUUUGAAGACAAAACACAUUCUUCUCACUCUUCUACCGUAAAGGACAAAGCUGCAAGUGAACAUAUAAGAGUUAAUCGAAGAUGUAUAAGUGUAGCACCUUCUAGAGAGACUGCUGGUGAACUGCUGCUAGGAAAAUGUGGCAUGUAUUUUGUUGAAGACAAUGCUUCAGACACAAUUGAAAACCUGAGUUUUCAUGGAGAAACUGAACCAGCAUCAUUUUCUUGGACCUAUGAGGAAAUUAAGGAAGUUCAUAAGCGCUGGUGGCAGUUAAGAGACAAUGCUGUGGAAAUAUUUCUAACAAAUGGCAGGACUUUACUCUUGGCUUUUGAUAACACAAAGGUCCGUGAUGAUGUGUACCACAACAUCUUAACUAACAAUUUGCCUAACCUUUUGGAAUAUGGAAAUAUUACUGCUUUGACCCACCUGUGGUGCACAGGACAGAUUACUAACUUUGAAUAUCUGACUCAUUUAAACAAACAUGCGGGCCGUUCCUUCAAUGAUCUCAUGCAGUAUCCAGUAUUUCCUUUUAUACUUUCUGACUACAUCAAUGAAACGCUGGACCUAAAUGAUCCAUCAGUAUAUAGAAAUCUGGUUAAACCAAUAGCUGUGCAGUCUAAAGAGAAAGAGGACCGUUAUGUGGAUACUUAUAAGUAUUUGGAAGAAGAGUACCGUAAAGGAGCACGAGAGGAUGAUCCAAUGCCUCCUGUACAGCCGUAUCACUAUGGAUCUCAUUAUUCCAACAGUGGAACUGUGCUUCAUUUCCUAGUUAGGCUGCCACCUUUUACUAAAAUGUUUUUAGCCUAUCAAGAUCAAAGUUUUGACAUCCCAGACAGAACUUUUCACUCUACCAAUACAACCUGGCGACUGUCUUCAUAUGAAUCAAUGACUGAUGUAAAGGAGCUUAUCCCAGAAUUUUUCUACCUUCCUGACUUUCUAGUUAACAGAGAAGGUUUUGAUUUUGGAGUACGUCAGAAUGGUGACAGGGUAAACCAUGUCAAUCUUCCACCCUGGGCUCGUAAUGAUCCUCGUCUCUUCAUCUUGAUUCAUCGUCAGGCCCUAGAGUCUGACCAUGUUUCCCAGACAAUCUGUCACUGGAUUGACUUGGUGUUUGGUUAUAAGCAAAAAGGCAAGGCCUCUGUUCAGGCUAUUAAUGUCUUUCAUCCUGCAACCUACUUUGGGAUGGAUGUUUCUGCUGUUGAGGAUCCUGUUCAAAGAAGAGCUCUUGAAACAAUGAUAAAAACAUAUGGGCAAACACCCCGCCAGCUGUUCCAUGCAGCACAUGUUAGCAGACCUGGAUCCAGGCUUAUCAUGGAAGGAGAACUUCCUGCUGCCAUGGGAUUACUAGUGCAGUUUGCUUUCAGAGAAACCAGAGAACACACCAAAGAAAUAAUAUAUCCAAGUCCAUUACCAUGGAUAAAAGGUUUGAAGUGGGGAGAAUAUGUCGGUUCCCCAAGUGCUCCAGAUCCUGUUGUCUGCUUUAGCCAACCACAUGGAGAAAGGUUUGGUUCUCUCCAGGCUUUACCAACUAAAGCUAUCUGUGGUUUGUCCCGCAAGUUUUGCCUUUUGAUGAUAUAUAGCAAGGAGCAAGGUGUGAGAAGCAUGCACAGCACAGAUAUUCAGUGGUCAGCUAUCCUGAGCUGGGGAUAUGCUGAUAACAUUUUAAGGCUGAAAAGCAAGCAAAGUGAACCUCCAGUCAACUUUAUACAGAGUUCACAGUUCCACCAGGUAACAAGUUGUGCUUGGGUGCCAGACAGUUGUCAGCUGUUCACAGGCAGUAAAUCUGGUGUCAUCACAGCAUAUAUGAACAGAUUUACUAGCAAUACGCCUUCAGAGAUAGAAAUGGAGUCUCAAGUCCAUCUGUAUGGUCACACAGCAGAAAUAACAAGCUUGUUUGUGUGCAAACCAUACAGUAUAAUGAUAAGUGUCAGCAAAGAUGGAACCUGCAUCAUAUGGGAUUUGAACAGGCUGUGCUAUGUCCAGAGUCUGGCUGGACACAAGAGUCCUGUGACUGCAGUUUCAGCUAGUGAAACAACUGGUGAUAUUGCAACAGUUUGUGAUUCAGUUGGAGGGGGUAGUGAUUUGAGACUUUGGACUGUUAAUGGUGAUCUCGUGGGACAUGUACACUGCAGGGAAAGUAUUUGUUCUGUUGCUUUCUCUAACCAGCCUGAAGGAGUGUCUGUCAACGUGAUUGCAGGAGGGCUUGAAAAUGGAGUUGUAAGACUAUGGAGUACAUGGGACUUGAAGCCAGUACGAGAAAUAACAUUUUCGAAGUCAGCCAAACCUAUUGUAAGCCUGACAUUUUCCUGUGAUGGUCAUCACUUGUUCACAGCUAAUAGUGAUGGAAACGUUAUAGCUUGGUGUCGCAAGGACCAGCAGCGUUUGAAGCUACCCAUGUUCUAUUCAUUCCUUAGCAGCUAUGCAGCUGGGUGAUGACAAUUUUGCUGCUAACUUGUCUCUGAUGCACUUUAAAUCCAAAAUAGAUUAUAGAAUUUCUUAUUUAACUGGAUUUUGAAGUAGUUUGUCUCUAGAAUGACUGAACACAUCUUUGAAAAAGAGAAGUCUGAGGUGGUUGUAUAAUUAUGUAUGUGCAUGCACAAACUUGAAGCAUAUCCAGGUCACCAGGAAGCUCUGGUCAUAUACUGCAAUACCAGCAAAGUGACUCAUAAAUGCUCUAACAUACAAGUCAAAUGCUGCAAUAUAAAACAUAAUAGUUUUUUUAAAUCACUUCUGGGACAGAAGUAUUUAAAAAAAAAAUUGAUAAUGCUUAUUCCCUCUUUUCUGUUGUAAAAUAUUGGCAGCGUUAAGUUCUGUAAAUAUCUAUUAAAGUGUCAUCGUAUGUAUAUCUGGUUUGUUGAGCGUGGUAUACUUAGCUCUGGGAUAAGCAACCCGAAACUUAAAAAAUUCAAGGCCACUUAAAAUUGCUUUUUUUGAGAAGCAAAGAACUCAGUAGGUGCUUUUUGCACCAUCUUAUGGUAUAGUAAUGCUAAAAGUUGAAUUUCUGUUAUCUUUAUAUUUGUAAUUUUUGUCAUUUCUCUGUUAGCAUAAUAGUCUGCAACAGGCAAAACUAAAAUUUGUCUUCAGUGAUGGGUAGACACCUCAUGGCAUCACAAACUAAUGAGAUCAUGUUUUGUUUUUGUUAUUUUUUUAAUGUGGUGUUAACUCCCAAACUUUGCAACACUUAGCUUUUGCAGUUCUGUGGCAGAAUAUAUGUUAUAUACACCCACAGCUUAUCUUGCAGAGCUCUAAAAAAGGUGUUAAGGCACAGAUGUGCUCCUGUUCUAGUGUCAUUGAAGUUCAAUACACUGUCAAAUGUUUGAAUCUAACUGCUUGAAUAAUCAAUAAUAGGCAUCAGAUGAUUUGGAAGAGUUUACACAGAUACACUGUGCAAAUAGGUUAGUUAUUCCUAGGUGCUAUUUUUAUGAGGAGGAGAAAAAUAAGCCUCCUUAAAGGCUUAACAUUUGAGUUCUUAGGCCAGAUCAAAAAUUAGCAUUUCACUUGAUGGAUUUGAAGACCUCUAAGCCUGACAACAUGAAUGGGUGCCUACCAGUUAUGUGAACGGCAAAACAAGAAUGUUCUGCAAGUCUGAUGUCAUUUUUCUUUUAAAUUGCUUUACUUUUUAAUCAUUGGCAUGGUCUGCGCUUGCCAUACAGAUGAACUGCUGUUUUCUUAUGUGAGGGUUUACCUGCCUUCACAACAUUGUAUAUGAAAUUGUCAAAUUGUGAGGAAGACAACAUAGAGGGAAUCUUUCCACUUUUGAAAAUUCCAAACAGCCUUCAAAGAUUGUUGUGACUUCCUGAUUGAGGAACUUUUCAAACUAGAAAAACUUAAGAAAUAUUCUCCUGGGCCAUGGCACAUUAGCUUGUUUUUUGUUCAAUUAAGCAAGUGGCUACAUACUGUAUGAAUUGAAUUUUAAACUGUGUAUAUUGUAGCAGCAUUGUACGGGUUGGAUUUAGUCAUGUUUUUCACUGUCUUAGUGUUAACGUAAGGUCCAAAUACAGACUGAAAAGCUUCAUAGCUCAUGUUGAAGUGAUGUGCUUUAUCUAAGAGAAAAAAAAUCCACACAAAUAUUGUGGUUUGGGGUUCUUUUUGUGCUCCCUGAUUUGGGGUGUUGCUCACAAAGGCUUAUUUUUAUAAAGUAGACUUCCACUUGUUACAAAUCAAUAUGCAAAAUUGUUGGCCUUGUAAAGAGUGCAAUAUUAUAUAUUUUUAUGUAAAAGUAAAAAUGAUUUUUUGGAAGCAAGGACUAUUUAUUCAGCUUAACAUUCUGGAACUCUUCAAAUAACAUUGCAAUAGUAUCUGUGCAUGACAUGUACUGAAAUUUCCUGUAAAUGUCACAUUCCACACUGUCUU